GCCACCUGCCCGAGCCCGAGCCCGCUGCGGAGAAGCGGAGCCCCCGGACCUUCCGGAGCCCCCCGGAGCCCCCUUCCCCGCGCCCCGUGCAUUUAUUGUUGGUGAAAAGACUGGAGAAGAGAGCCAAGCAAUCAGAAAUCAUCUGUGUAUUCACAGAACAGAUUGGUCCUCUUGGUCCCAGGAUCCUCUCCCCAACCCCUUGGCACUGCUACAAUGAGCGGGAAGUCACUGCUCUUAAAGGUCAUCCUCCUGGGGGAUGGCGGAGUUGGCAAAAGCUCCCUCAUGAACCGCUACGUAACCAACAAGUUCGACUCGCAAGCAUUCCACACCAUAGGCGUGGAGUUCUUAAACCGCGACCUGGAGGUGGAUGGACGCUUCGUGACCCUCCAGAUCUGGGACACCGCGGGACAGGAACGGUUCAAGAGCCUACGGACUCCGUUCUACAGGGGAGCCGACUGCUGCCUCUUGACCUUCAGUGUGGAUGACCGCCAAAGCUUUGAGAACCUGGGCAACUGGCAGAAAGAGUUUGUCUAUUAUGCAGACGUGAAGGACCCUGACCACUUCCCCUUCGUCGUCCUGGGGAACAAGGUUGACAAAACGGAGAGGCAAGUGACCCCGGAGGAGGCCAAAGCUUGGUGCGUGGAGAACGGGGACUACCCUUAUCUGGAAACCAGUGCCAAAGAUGACACCAAUGUGGCCGUGGCCUUUGAAGAAGCCGUCCGGCAGGUCUUAGCGGUGGAAGAGCAACUGGAGCAUUGCGUGCUGGGACACACGAUUGACCUGCACAGCAGUUCCAAAGCCGGAUCUUCGUGCUGUUAAGAAUAAGGAGCCACUCAAGAAGUGCGUACCCCAUUUAGCAUCCUUCAGUGCAGGGGCAAAUGAUUCUCGGGCAUUUUCAACAUCCAGAGUGUCGAGGGGGGAGAGGUGGUAGGCAACGCUGUGGACUGGAAGUGAUGACCAUUCGGUUUGGAGUCAGAAGGUUGGGGGAUAAAGUUUCAAGGGGGUGCAGUCUCAAGGGUACGGCCAUGUGGCUUCUAUUUCUCCCCCUUCCCGCGGACACCGAGGACUUCAUAAAAGAUUUGGCUCCUGAGAGAAUUAAGUGUCUACACUGAAGAAAGCCAGAAUCAACCGUGAUAAAUGAGGCUCCUCGCGGCCUGAAGGCGGUAAAGAGCCAGAGGUAUUCUGUAGCAUUUCCUUAGUGCACCCGAAAAUGAGAGCAUCCAACAUUGCAAAGCAGUGUCUGACAUUAUUGGAUAGGAAAGACCAGAUUAUUUUGCCAGGGGAUAGCACAGAUAACCCCAAACAAGAAGGUAUCAGCUUUGAAUGAUUAGGAAGCUAUGGGGGGCUGCAAGGUUGUAAAAAUAUGCCGCCUUGUUGAAGUCCCUGGGAUUAGAAUCUCGCUUCUUCUCUGAGCUUGUCAGAGAAAACCACCUUAGUUGAGACCUCUUUCUGGGAGACAAAAAACGACACUGGAAAUGUGGUAGGGCAUUUGUCAGAGAAAUAGCUAAUGGAGUCUUUUUCAAUAUUCCUACCUUUGGCGAUAAGUGGUUGGUCUGUUUUUACUUCAUACGCUUAGUUUUACAGUGUGUGGAUAUGGCUUCUCUGACCACCUUCCAUUAGGUGACAAGCUCAGAACAAAGUAGGUAGCGUCCACACCUCUGGCAGAGGCUCAUCGUCUACGGCUUUGAUGACCCUUUGUCCGCGUCACCUACCUCUCGGGGGGACUCACCUUGCUAGCUAAACAGGGCAGGUUUUCGAAUGACACUGGGGACUACUGAACCUUUGCCCCAUUUGACACUGCCACUAUUUAAUUCUGUUCCUCUGGCGUGAUAGGCUUGAGCCAUGGAGAGCGGGUACUCUAAAUUCUCACCAUCUGCAGUGGCCUCAAAAUGGUCAUUUGUCAGUCUUGAAAAGCAGGGAAGGUGGCAACACUUCAGUCUCCUUUCAGCCUUUACAGGACG